CUUAAAAGUGCCAAUAGAAUCACUGAUUUCUUAUUGUAUAUACAAAUACUGUUGUCCAGAUAAUGUCAAGUUAUAUUUUACUAACACUAAUAAAUCUGCAAGCCAUGUGAGUCUUGAGCUACGUGUAGAGGACGUCUGUGCGCAGUAGCCCGUCAUAUCUGCAAGUACAGAAACUCGACACAAGGUACUAAUGAACAUGAAGAAGGUUUGCUAGGAUUCCGAAAAAGUUGCCUUCAAGCACCAAAUGAAGUUUCUAUCUGGACAAAAUUUUGUGAAAUUGAUAUUAUUAAAACGGUUUUAAAAAUACUGGAAUUAUCAGAACUGCAUGAAAUACCUCUUAAUAUGGUCCGAUUUGAGAACCAUUUAAGUAAACCAGUACGGAUUCAUAAUGUGUAUAAGGUAGCUAGGGAUAUGAAAAGGGAGGCUUUGGAAAGUAUAAAGAAUACGUCUUUGCCCGAGAGAAAUGAAACAAAAGACAUAUUGGAUAAUCCUAGAACACCUAAACCUAGAAAGUGGAAGUCUAAUAUAAAGAAAGAUCUUGAAAUAAAUUGUUCCUUAAAAACUGAAGAAUUGAGCAUAAGUCACCAAUUUGCUGAGGGUCCCUUCUUAACAUUAGCUGACAUAAUAUUGUUUCCAUCUUAUUAUAUAUUUUUCAAGUUACUAGGACAAAAUAAUCUAGAAAAGUUUUUACCACUCUCAUUUAAGUGGUACAAAAACUUAAGCAGUAUAUCAGAGUUGAAAAUAUUAACACUUAUUUUAAAUGAAAUAAAAAACAUAAAAACUGUAUCAAUACAUAAUUUGGUACUGCCUGAAGCAGAUGAUGUGAGUUUAUACAAAUCUGAUCCAAAGAGACAUAAUCCAAAAAAGAGGUUAUUUACUAAGCCUGAGGAUAUUGAGAAUGCAAUAAAUACUCUUACAAGUGACUUAGAACUAAAUAUAUUGUUAAAUGAAACUAAUAGUAGUAUAAAUUGGCAAACAGUACCUGAUGGAGCAAACCCAUCAGCUGGGCACUUACCUGAUGUAAGGGUGAAUAGAAAAUCACAACAACUUGAAAAUUUAACAUUGGCGGUUACAUCUAUGGCUCAAGAUGGAGAUUUGAUUGUAGACUUCUGCAGUGGUAGUGGACACUUGGGAAUACUAAUUGCACAUCUAUUACCUAAAUGCACUGUUAUACUUUUAGAAAAUAAAGAGCAAUCAUUGCUAAGAGCUAGGCACAGAGUACACGAGAUGGGAUUAACAAAUGUAUUAUUCUUUCAGUGUAACCUAGACUUUUUUGUAGGCAAAUUCAAUAUUGGUGUUGGUUUACAUGCAUGUGGCAUAGCAAGUGAUCUAGUAUUGGAUAAAUGCUUAAAGGCCAAUGCAAAAUUUGUUCUAUGUCCUUGUUGCUAUGGGUCUCUGCAAGCCACAGAUCGACUGAAAUAUCCUAGGAGUAAAAGAUUUAGUGGUAUUUCUAUUGAUAACUAUUUAUGUAUUGGCCAUACCGCUGAUCAGACUCAUGACAAUCAUCCUCUUACUGAAAGAGGUGCCCGCUGCAUGGCUAUUAUUGACUCAGAUCGUGGAAGGUUAGCUGAGGAACAUGGCUAUACAGUGACAUUAUCUAAAUUAAAACCUCUGUCUUGUACUCCAAAAAAUAAUCUACUAAUUGGUGUACCUUCAUGAAAUAAAACACUUGUAUAUAAACAUGGUUUAUUAAAUAUACAAUUUGUUACAA